GCGCCAUGCUUUCCUACCCUUUACCCAAUCAACGCACCGCAUGCAAAUUUCUUUUCCUGCCCUUCGAAAGCUGCAGCCAAAGCGCGCGCUUUUUGUUCUCCAACUGCUUAGAAUGGAAUUUUUUUUAUCUUCUUUAUGUUCGGGAGUCGGAUAACAGAGAGAAAUGGCAAUAUAUACGAAUUCCGAAAGGAGCGAUACGGAACAGGAUCAGAGAUCUUGGGCAAUGUCCUGUUAUGAACAUCUCCAUACCAGAAGAUUCCUCUGCCGUGAUUAUGCCUAAUAUAACAACGUAUUCCAGUGCACUUGUUUUAUGUAAGAAGGCCCGUUCCUCCUCGGAUUGCAAACCGAUUGUGAAUGUCAUCAAUGGAAAGCUAACAUACUAUAUCUCCGAAUACAAGGAACGUUUUUCUGUUUGGAAACAUGAUUUGGUGGUUGAGAAUGCCAGCAAAUGGCUUGCAGGAGAGUACCAGCUUCUUUACCAGCUGAGUGAAAUUUGCCUGCAACAAUUCUUCCUUGAUGUCCUGGCUUUAGGUUCCAGACACACACGUUACGGUGCCAUAGCAGCAAUCGUGUCUGUUCCCACUCUGGUGGUGCUGUUUGUACUUCGGUGGAAAUGCAAAGGAAAGAGAGCUACUCCUCCUUCCACAGGAGUCCCAGUCUUGGGAAAUGGACCUCUACAUCUCGUGGCAACAGAGAUUGAAGAACCUGGAAUCAACACACGCAGCAAAGGAUCUGGAGGAGAAAGUUGUAUGAAUGGAAUAGUGUAACUCCUUGGAACGUGCCACCUCUCAUCAUUUCCAUAUGGAAAAACUUUUCGACAUGCAUCUGUAGGAGCAGCAUCUUGUCUGGUUUCACUUUGAUCCCACCUCCUCCCUCUCAGGGUGGCCUGAUCUCGUUCUCCUCCCCUACCCUCUGCCGUUUUGACUUCACAAUCCCGUGAGGUAGCAGGCUAAGCUGAGAGAGCAUCCCUGGCCCCCAGGCCCAUUAGCAAACUUUAUGGCAGAGGGUUUUAACCAGUGUCUUCCAGAACCUAAUCCAAUAACUAACCACCCCACCACAUUGUUCUGUCACCUAUGCGUGUCUGUGUAUUAUGUGAUUUUUUAAAAAAAAUGUAACUUGGAGAUGUUGUUGGAUGAGUCUUUCCAAAGGUGUUUUUGUGAAGCAUUUUUAUCAUCUUAGGGACCUUAACCCAAUGGCCUCCCAAGAUCAGUAUUGCCUGCUCUGACUGGCAGCAGCUCUCCAGAGUCUCUUGAUCCUUUAAACUAGAGAUGCUGGGGGCUGAAGCUGGGAUCUUGUACGUGCAAAGCUGGGGCUAUGGACUGAACCACAAUCCAUCCAUCACAUGUGAAUCUUGUAUUGACUUUGGACAGCUGCUGAUGGGUAAAGAAUAGAUACAGGUCCAUAAUUUGAUUAAAUGAAAAACUUGUUCAUACAUAAGCUGCCCUGACCUGGAUAGCCCAGGUGAUCCUGAUCUCAUCAGAUCUGAAGCUAAGCAGAGUCAGCCUUGGUUAGUACUUGGAUGGGAGACCUCCAAUGAAGACCAGGCCUGCAGAGGCAGGCAAGGGCACACUACCUCUGAUAGUCUCUUGCCAUGAAAACCCCGCCAGGGGUUGCCGUAAGUCAGCUAUGACUUAAGGGCACCACUCACACACAUCAUGUAGCAAGUAUUUGAAAUUAAUGCUAUCAUCAAAAAUACCUGGUUUACAGUAAU